AUGGUACAUCAGUAUUUAACGCCAAAAAUGCACGAAAAUACUAACUCAAUUUCAAACAGUAUUCUUAAAAAUGAAGCAAACGUCGUAAAGAAAUUCGACUUUUCAGACAUUUCUUCAUGUGUUAACAAUGAACAAAGAUACAUCAGAGAGAUAAAGACAGAAACAGAAGGUUUAGAAGCAAAAGAUUCUGCCUUUACUAAAACGCACGUCUCCCCUGAAGCCUCCUCUGCUUCACUUUUUGAAGCAGCGAUUGUAAUUGCAGCGGCCGCAGCUUCCGCUGCAGCUGAACAAAAAACUACUGAUACAUUCAUACAAGUGAAUAUUCACCAAAACAAUAAUAAUCAAUCCCACACCAAGACUGUGAACAAAAAUACACAAUCCGCUGGUAAAGUUAAGUCAGAAAGAGGGAUACCCCCUUCGUAUCCCCCUCGAUCAGUAAGAAGUCGGCGACAGCGCAAGCAAUUUAUUUGUCGCUAUUGCGGACGCCAAUUCACAAAAUCUUAUAACCUCCUUAUCCACGAACGCAUACAUACUAACGAGCGACCAUUUCCAUGUGAUGAAUGUUCGAAAUCGUUCCGCCGCCAAGAUCAUCUACGCGAUCAUAAGUUUGUUUUUUGCAUAUCAUUUCAAUUUAUAAACUCUAUACUUCUUCAGGUUCACACACGCCAAAGAGAAACCUUUUAA